AGAAAGAAAGAAAGAAAGAAAGAACACUCGCUGCCGCGUCCUCAUAUUCCGUUCUCCGUUCGCCGGAAAACAAGAGAUAAUGGCCGGAGCGGCUUACGGGCAGUUAAAUCUUGAAGAAGCACCGUCAUGGGGCUCUCGAAGCGUUGACUGUUUCGAAAAACUUGAACAAAUUGGUGAAGGAACUUAUGGUCAAGUAUACAUGGCCAAAGAAAUAAAAACCGGGGAGAUAGUUGCUUUGAAAAAGAUACGGAUGGACAAUGAAAAGGAAGGGUUUCCUAUAACCGCAAUUCGUGAAAUUAAAAUUCUAAAGAAGCUGCAGCAUGAUAAUGUUAUCAAGCUAAAAGAGAUUGUGACCUCGACAGGUCCAGAGGUGGAUGAGCAUGGGAAGUCAGAUGGUUACAGAUACAAGGGCAGUAUAUACAUGGUUUUUGAAUAUAUGGACCAUGAUUUAACAGGCCUUGCUGAUCGUCCUGGACUGAGAUUUACAAUUCCCCAGAUCAAGUGUUAUAUGAGGCAACUACUGACAGGGCUUCAUUAUUGUCAUGUCAAUCAAGUACUUCAUAGGGAUAUAAAAGGUUCAAAUCUUCUUAUUGAUAAUGAGGGAAAUCUCAAGCUUGCGGAUUUUGGGUUAGCACGGUCAUACUCUUCCGACCAUAAGGGUAAUCUCACAAAUCGCGUUAUUACUUUGUGGUAUAGGCCCCCAGAAUUGUUACUUGGAGCUACAAAAUAUGGUCCGGCCGUUGACAUGUGGUCAGUUGGCUGUAUCUUUGCUGAACUUCUUUAUGGAAAACCAAUCUUAACUGGUAAAAAUGAGGCUGAGCAAGUGAACAAGAUAUUUGAGCUUUGUGGGUCUCCUGAUGAGGUUAACUGGCCUGGAGUUUCCAGACUUCAGUGGUACAGCAAGUUUAAACCAAGUAGACAGUUGAAGAGGCGGGUCAGGGAGGUUUUCAGAAACUUUGAUCGUAAUGCUCUUGAGUUACUGGAGAAAAUGUUGACUCUUGAUCCAUCACAGAGGAUAUCUGCAAAAGAUGCACUGGAUGCCGAGUAUUUUUGGGCUGAUCCGUUACCUUGUGACCCUAAAAGUUUGCCCAAGUACGAGUCCUCACAUGAGUUCCAAACAAAAAAGAAAAGACAACAACAGCGUCAAAAUGAAGAAAUGGCUAAAAGGCAAAAAUUACAACACCCACAGCAGCACGCACGGUUGCCACCUGUACAAUCUGGUCAAGCCCAAGCUCAUUCUCAGCACUGGGCAGGUCAUAACCAUCCCAUGGGCAAUCCUAGUCAAGCUCCGCUAGCUUCUGGUGGACCUAGCCAUCAUCAAUAUGGAAAGCCUCGAGGACCCCCUGGUGGGCCCAACCGCUAUCCUCCAGGUGGUAACUCUAACCCUGGUGUGGGUGGAUAUUAUCCAGACCGAUCAACAGGUCAAAGUGGUGUUGGGUUUAGCGGUGGACCAUAUCCUCCACAGUCUCGAGCCCCAUCUGGUAGCGGGCCCAGAGGAUCAUCUUCUGGUUACGGCGUAGGUCCACCAAAUUAUUCACAAAAUGUUCAGUAUGGUGGCAGUUCUGGAGUGGGGGGUAGAGGCCCAAAUGUGCCAGGUAAUCGCAACCAGCCUUACAAUUGGCAGCAGCAAUAGUAUUUGGCAGGUGAAUAUGAAAGAAGAGAGUUUUGGAAAUGUUAGACCAGGGCUUUGCUUCUAAGUUAUGUGCAAUGCUGAGCGACAUAACAUGUACAGUUGUUCUUGGCAAAAUGUCCCUGUCUCUACAUUUCUUUGUAUGAAUGUUAGUGCCUUUUUGACAUUACAUAUUAUUUAGUGUUGAAUGACUUGAAUCUUUCAAUGAUUUAUUGGCUUUGAUGGUAAUUUGGUUCUGAAUGAGAAAUAAUUGUUUUAUAUGUAAAAACUCAUCUUAUGGUUAUAA